AACUCCUCUCAUUGACAUUUUCUGAAAGUGCCAUAUCAGACCAUAUACGCGCUUACGAACGGCAAUACCAAAUAUAUCCUUGACCUUGUCAUUUCCCCUGCUCUUCUCUUGUUCUACGCAACCGAUAGGAAGGUGAAGAGAAGCAGACAUUUUUUACCUACUCUGUAUUAUAUAUGAUCCUAAAACGUUUUAUUCAAAGCCAUAAGUCCCCAUUUGCAUUGAAGGGUAACUCUUAGCAUUUGGUAUUCCAGAUUUGCAAAAUCUCCAUUAUCAAAGUCUGGUAAAUUUGGGUGUAUUUUGAGAUGGGGGAGUGCAGACCAUUGGGAUUCUUGUUGGGUCUUCCGUUUGCCUUGUUAUCUCUCGUAUUUGCUGCUCUUGGUGCCGUCAUUUGGAUCAUAGGGACAUUGUUGAGUUGUAUAUGCCCGUGCUGUAUAUGCUUUUCUGGACUGGCGAACAUGGCAGUGGGGCUUUUAAAGCUUCCUCUCAAAGUCAUGAGAUGGUUCAUUCAUCAAAUCCCCUGUUGAGAUUCUUUUGAAAUUGAUUCUUUUUGUAUAUGUAACAUUCGAUUUGUUGGAGAAUAAGAGCAUGAUCUUUAUUUGCCCUUUCAUGGCGUUGUAUGUGAUUUGUGCAUUCGAUUCUGAAGAUUUUUGUUUUCCAAUCCUCUGUGAGAGGCAAUCAAAAUUUCAAGGCAUCAGAUUA